CGUGGUCGAGUAGCAGUCCCCCGGCACGCAGGACUCGCUUUUCUUUGUUUCGUGAGAGGGUAGACAGCCCCGGGAGGCAGAGCAUGUGCGUUUAGGUUUCGGAGUGAAACUGGUUGUUAGGCAGGACGAGCAGGACGAACAAAAGUCGCCAUUAUGCGUGCCAAGUUUUUCGCCGUGGCGUUGGGCGUAGUCGUGCUUGCUAUGACAGGGCAAGGCUACGAGGAAAAUGAGACCCUCGUUGCCAUUCGUGAAGACAAGUCGUUAUUUAAUAACUUCUUCUCUCCGCUGACGGUGGUGCGGCUGUCCAACGAACUGUGCAAGGCGCCCGACGGCACCAGCGGCACCUGCGUGGGCAGACUGGAGUGCGCCAAGCAGGGAGGAACCGUGUCGGGCGUGUGCGGGCAGGGCUUCGGCGUCUGCUGCGUCACGAAGGUCCCGGAGAACGGAGUCAUCAGAGCCAACAACACACUCAUCCUGAAGGAGACGUUCAAUGGAGGGGUUGACCUCACGUAUACCGUUGCUAAGGUCAAUGACGAUAUUUGCCAGUACAGGAUUGACGUGAAGGAGUUGACGCUGGACGCGGUGGGCGAGGCAGGAGACUGUUUCCAGGACUGGUUUGAAGUCAACCAAGACUCGAAAUUCAGCAAGGUGUGCGGCAAAACGAUCGACGUGCACUAUUAUUUCGACGUGGCUGCUCAGUACACUAUCUUCACCUUCCACACGUCCGACGCGGUUUCCUUGGACAGGAGAUGGGAGAUCUACGUGUCUCAGUACACUUGCGACAUGGGGGCGCCCCAGGGUUGCGGUCAGUGGUACUGGGGGACAAGUGGAACGAUCACGCUAUGGAACAACAUUGAUCCCGAUAACGACAAAUGGUACUACGUGGACAACCAAGAAUAUGCCAUCUGCGUGCGGACCGAAGCAACGUACUGUAGUGUGACAUACGUCGAGAAUCAGCCAUACGGUUUUGCACCGAGAUGCGACGACCUGUUCGAACGACCCGGAACCUCGAACCAGCAACAAACGUGCGGUACGACUCCUCCCUCCACUGUGAUUACUUACACGGUGCCGGAAGGUUUGCAGUAUUUCUACGUGCAGUUUAAGGACAACACCAACGCCCAUUUGGGUGACACUUCCAACCCCUACGGUGUCCCUAUCAUCCAGUACACGCAGAACAAGUGCACAUAAGGCUCUCGUUUGGUGUGUGAUGGAUGUACGAACCACAUGACUUAUUAUUUAUGUUAUUUAUGAUUGUACAUUAAGUUCAUAUUUUAUUACAUUUAGUUAGGUAAGCAUUUUUUGUUAUUCAUUUGUUAUUUGUAAAUCGUUAUCGUUACAUAAAAUGUGUGUUUUUUUGAGCAUUCUGAUUGUAAUUUACAGUUUUCUUACUUAGUAAGAUUAUUA